AUGAGCAGGCCCGCGCUUGACAGAUCAAACUCCCUCCACCAGCAACUCAAGCAUCGGCCCUACCUCCCCCUCGACGACCCCAAGCAAGGCCACGGCAAGGUCUACUCCCACCCCAGCCGCUCCUCCAGACGCUCUCUCGCUGCAAUUGCGAUACAGAAGACCUCGUCCGCGUUUAAUCUCUAUUCCAGUAAGCCAGCACCACAGCAACAGCACCACCAACCACCAGCACCAAAACCAAAACCACAACCACAACCACCACAACAACGACAAAACAAACAUAUCCAGAGCCCUCCGCUAGAGGAAGAGGAAGAACAGGACAUCAUACAAGAAGACCCCUUCCGCGACCCAGACAGCUGGGAGUCCGACGACAGGCCCGCAGAAGCAACAUCGCCAGACGUAGCACCCGGUAUCAUGAACCAGUCCGCCUCCAAGAUGCAUCAGACCUCCUCCCGCCUCCUCCGCAUGACGACCGACGAACGGCCCUUCACCCGCGACUUCAAGGACCUCUUCUCGACCCUGAUGGUCAGCCUCAAGCUCGAGACGCACCGUGUCCGGUUCUCCAAGUUCGAACACACCUUCACGGCCGAGGAGGCCAUCAACAAUCUCGGCUCCCUCAAGUUCUCCCAGUCGAACCGCAUGCCCGACCCCAAGGAUCCCACCCGCAUCGUCACCACGACCACGACCACCACCUUCUCCAUGGCCAAGGAGAUGGCCCGUAGCGUCUGUCAGCGGUUCGUUGACGCCCGCUUCAUCGAGUCGGUCGACGGCCGCUUCUCCUCCCAGUUCCCGCUCAAGGGGGCCCUCUACCAGCUCACCCCCAAGGGCAUCAACAUCCUCCACCGCUUCUGCCAGCGUAACGGCAUCACGGCCAGACACAUCAUGGACAUCAUCGACUCGCCGCGCAACACCAUGCAGCUCGUCAUCAUGGAACGAGACUCCAUCACGGACCAGAUAUCGAACGACAAGGGCACCAUAGAGGUCAUCUUCCGCCGCUUUGCCGGCCAGGACGGGCCCAACCUCAAGCCCUCCGUCUCCUCCUCGGACUCGGACUCGCUCUCGGACUACACCAACGGCGUCAUCGGCGUCAAGAUGGCCCGCGAGCGCAAGAUCGGAGAUAAGCUGUACCACAACACCUUCACCGGCAAAGCUGCCAUGGAGUGGCUCAUGGACUGCUGCACGACCAUAGACCGCCGCGAGACCAUGGAGAUUGCCUCCCUCUUCGUCCGCCAGGGCCUGAUCACCUCCUUCAUAGAAGACAAGACCUUCAUCGCCCACGAUCCGUCAGCCACUCUCUUCCAGCCGACCAAGAACGCCAUCUACGGCAUAACAGAUCACGGCCAGCGAGUCUGCGGGUGGAUAGCCCGAGAGCGGACGCAGAACUCAUCCACAUCGUCCGCCAACUCGGCCUCCAACGCCGCCGCCGCCCCUCGGGACUCUAACAACGCCAGGUUGCACCAUAUCAUCCAGGACCCUGCGUUGCGGCUGCUCUUCCGAGAGUUCCUAAGGUACUCUCUCUGCGAGGAGAACAUGUCCUUUUAUCUCGACGUCUCCGAGUUCACCGCCAACUAUCGCCGGGCCGAGAAGGCCGGCGCCUUUUCCAAGAUGGACACCGUCCGCGAGACCCUCGCCAGUGCCUACGUUCUAAUAAAAGUAGGCCUAUAUAAUGCCUUUUUGGCGCCUGGCUCGCCGUGUGAGCUCAACAUCGACCAUGCGCUCCGCAACAGCCUGGCCAGCCGCAUGACCCGCGCAGUAGGCGACGACGCAUCCAUGGUCAAAUCCCUGACGGAUGUCGUCCAGCUCUUCGAAGCCGCCCAGUUGUCCGUCUUUAAGCUUAUGUCCUCAGACUCCGUACCGAAAUUCGCCCGUGAUCCGAAAUAUGCAGCUGUCCUGCAAGAGCACGACUUUGACCUCAACCCAACGACAAGCGGGCGGUCGUACUCACCGACCCUCUUGCCCGAACGGUCCAUGAGCCGGAGCACCCGAUCAUAG